AUGAAGCCCCUUUUACAACUAGAGAAUGCUCUCCGGACGGUGCUGGAAGUGUCCCAACAGCAUGACAUAGCAGAAACUCUUGCAUCGCUUCGCAGAGCAGAGCCGUCAUGCGACUCAGGCCUCGCCUCGACCGCGAGUCGAAUCGUUGAUUUGGCAUCCGAGGUGGUUCAGCUGCUAGAACCGGCUCAUCUUAUCCUGGCUAAUCAUCUAUUCGCAUACCAGUAUACGCAGUCACUGGCCAGCGCGGUUGAGCUGCGGAUUCCCGAUCAUCUCAAAUCGGGUCCUCAGACACUGGAGCAACUGGCGGCACUCAGCGAGGCGCGGCCGGAUAGGCUGCGACAGGUCCUCCGACUGCUGUACAACCAUGGCAUAUUUGCUUACGAUGCAGCAACAGAUACAAUACGAAAUAACGAAGCUUCUGAACUGUUGCAGCGGACGCAUAGGGGCCAGUGGCAUCAAUGGGCAUCUGUUUGCUGCCGCGAAUUCUACGAGAUGGCCCAGGGCCUUCCCUACCUUGAGCGCAGCGGAACCAUGAUCCGUCUCCGAGGAUGUAUGGGGGCUGCAGCCAUCGCACAGACUCCCGGCAUGGUCUCCAGCUAUCCAUGGCACGAACUGGCCAACAGCACCCUUGUGGACCUGGGCGGUGGUGAUGAGUUUCUGAUGGCUGCCCUGCUACGAGAGGUUCCCACGCUGCAGGGCGGCAUUCUGGAUACACCACGAGUCCUACCAUUCCUGCAUGAAGCCUUCCAUUCUGCGUCGGGCCAGCAUGUGGAUGUGGGCGCGUAG